AUGCACUAUCAAUCGCCGCAAGACAAAUGGGAUUUCUUGAGAAAAUACGCGGAUCAUUUCGAAUGGGAGAAAGAAGACGAGCAAGAAAGUCAGGAGGUGAAAUCCAAGAGGAUUAAAGAAGUGAAAAAAUCUAAGGAAACGAUGAGAACGAGGAAGUCUAAGGAUACCGAUCGUACGGGGAAGACCGACGACACGAGAAAAUCGAAGUUCGACGAUCCAAAGAUUAAAGCGUUGAUUAAACCACAACCAGUUUCCCUGUUUCUCGAUUUAAGAGAUAUAAAAAACGAAAAUAUCCCGGAAUUGUCACCGUGUUGGAGCCACUUCAUUUACGUAGAUCAGUCGCGUGAUAUUCCCCUAGAUCCUAAAGACGUGAAGCCUCCUCUAGCAAAAUGGAAGUUUUAUCGAUGGUUAAAAUGGGCAAUCAGCGAGAAUAUAAUCAAUCCAAUCGAAUAUUUCGUACCGAUCCGAUCGUUGAAAGUUGUCAGCCCUUUGAAGAAAUGCGAGGAGAGUGUGGUGAAUAAAUACAAUAAGUUGAUGAAGAACGUUGUUGACAACGAUAUAUUCAGAGCGAUGGAAGAUAAUAAAAUUAAUGAAAGAUCAAAGAAUCCCCAGAAAGACGAGACGUUAGACGAUAUCUGUUUCUGGGCGGACUUCAACAAAAUAGAACCCUACAUAAAAGAAGUUGAUUUCUUCUAUAAAUUAGAUUAUUUUCAAUACACUAUGAAAUUGUCGGAUCGUUUUGCAAUGAAACCGAGCGAUGAGAAAUCUGAGACGAAGAAAGACAGUAAGAAGGAGAGCAAAAAGAGUUCUCCGUCCAGACAAACCAAAGAUCCCGAAUUCAUCGACACGUAUCUAUGGCCCCAAAAAAUGUUAAAAUCCAGGAACGAUCCAUUGUACAUUUUCACCGAUUCCGUGGAGGAAAAAUUCUUCUUGAUCAACUUCUCGACGUUUCAAGUUACCGGGGAAAUCGUGAAAAACGAGAGGGACGAAGGGACAAAUCCUAGAACUCUGCUGAAAGCGCACAAGGGUUAUCUGGCCGUGGAAAAGAAUCAUUGGUUUCGAAAACUGGAGAAACCCGACUAUUUGAUUUUCAUUCUAACUGCUGGGACAAAAGCGACUAUACUCGAAAUAAAUCCCGGAAGACAUAUCUUGCAAAUCUAUUGUCAUUCAGACUCGAAUUGUUACGUGAGCAUUUCCUCGGACACGAUUUUCCACGUGGGUGAUAGAAGAAAGAUGUAUCAAUUGAUGUGCACGGAAUCCGAAAUGGUCAAUAGGAUGGCGAAGCACAUAAGCAACUCCAUAAGUAAUGCCUUUCAAUCGUUUGGCACCGAAAGAUAUUCGAAAGAGUUGAAGUUUUAUUACGGUAGCUACUUACCGUUCUCUCUGGAGAAAAAGAAAAGAAAAAAAAUAUUUUAUCAAAAGGUGCACGAAUAUUUUAUCAAAGAACUGGUAAACUCCCUUACAAAGAUUAUAACCGAGAACGACUUACCGAACGUGUUGAGGGCAUUGAGAGUAUUUUUUCUGAAUCAUAAGAUCGGUAUGCAAUGCUACGACGAGAUCUCGGUAAUUUUGAGGACUUUAAGAUAUAGGAGCAUACACGGAGAAGAUCCGCCUUUAGAGUCCAGAUUUAAUUUCGUUUCUCGAAAGGAUGAAGCUGCUAGCAUUAUUCAAUCAUUUUUCAAGAUGAUUAUACUGAAAAAGUAUAUGAAGAUGCAUAAGCCUCAACACGAAAAGCACAAUGAGAUUUUGCAAAAUUUACUUAAGAUCACGGAAUUGUUUAAUUACAACAAACAAGAAUCAUUGGCUAAUAAUAUAUUGAGAAAUAUUGUCAAGUAUCAUGAUAAAUUCUACGAUAUUUUCUAUUGCUCUAAAGAUUUUGAGUACAUCUUGCAAUCCGUAGAGUUCAAGGGGACGUUGACCAACGUGAAGCCAAAUCAAUGGUUUCCUAUUAUAAGAAUUAUAAUAAAUCCUCGAGUCGGUGAGGUGGUUCUCGCGAAUAUAAAUCUAUUCAUUAAUCUACCGAGAUACGAUGUGCGCGUGUUCGACAACCUGUUGGACAAAGAGAUAUUAAAAGUAGUGAAUAACGUGGUGCCAACUCGUUACGAGCACACGAAACUUGGUUACACCCUUUUCUGUUACGGAUGGACCGAUAGCGAUACAAAUCAGACGAAAGAGUUACCCUGGACUUUAAAUAUAAUCACCAUGAAAGGACAGCCCGAGUUUCAAUUUUUGAUCAAUGAAACCAGCUAUACCAUGAUCACACCUCCCACCUUGAUCAUAGAAGAGUUGUGCAACACUUAUAUCCCCAAUUCGAGAAAUUUCAUUUCAAAAUGGACUAUUCGAGUGAUGCAGUCUAGUAUAAUGUCGUUCAGAUUACGAGUAUCGUACAGUAAUGCGAAAAUAAGGCUGAGAGUAAAGGACGAGCAUGGCAAUUUGAUAUCGAGAAAUAGAGGUUUCGCAGUAGUCAUCUUGCCAGUCGUGUAUUUGAAGUUUAAGAAAAGAUUUGAUGAGAAGAUGCACGAAUACAAGGAGGAAAUCGAUAUCAAAAAAAAUGAUAAGUAUAACGUGGUACCUUACACGACUUAUUACUUGGAAGGAUCGGUUCUCGGUAAAACGUGGCCACUUACGAGGGCAGAAUGGAGUAUCGUGUCGGAAUUUAAAGUGAAACCAAGUGGAUCUAUAGUUAGAACGAAAUUACCAUCUAAUAAUGUGAUAAGAAAGAAUGACACAUCGAGAUCAAAGAAAAGUAUCAAGCAAUCCACCGAAAAUGUUCAAACUCUCGAGUCUCCUUAUUGGAUUCUUCAAGUGAUCACGGAUUCUGGAAGUAAAGUAGAGAUAUUCGAAGACAGGACGAAGGAGUUGGAAAUAGCCGAGAUGAAGGAAAUCUGGGCACAAGACAAUCCCGACAGUUUGGAACGUGGGAGAGAAAUCCGUAAAGCUUUCAUAAAGAAACACGCGGUCAAACAGCCGAUAGAAUGUUUGGAAAAGAAAGUUUCGAAUCUGUCUGAAAAACCGUUGAUAAAAAAAGACAACGAGCGAUCGUUGGUGGACGCGCCAGAUAUAUCGCAUUGCAUGGAGGAGAGGACUUUGAGCCCGCCUCCUUCGCUUCGUAGACUUCCACCCUUGGAUCUGUCGGUAUACGAGGUCAAAGAGGAUGAAGAGAUAUUGAAGACCGAAUCGAAAGAAGAAAUGCUGAGUGUGCUGCGCAAAUUGGAUGUUACGUGCGCUCAACAGGAUUACGAGCAAUUUCUCGAAGAAUUGGAGAAUUUAAACAAAUUGCAGAAAUUGGAGCACGAUAUACUGUAUCGGAUCAAAUACAUGGAAGCAUUUCGCGAGAGGAAAGCUUUAAUGGAGAAUUUAUACGAGGUUCGAAAAAAUUACAUUGCCAUGAAAUCUCUUGCACCGAGCGUUAAGUCUACUAAAAAGAGUCCUAUAAGCUUUAAAAAAAGCAAGAAAAAUAAAAAGACUUAGGCUAAUUAAAGUUUAAAGUUUUAAGAAAUAGAAUA